UGAAGUAUUGGCUGGUUAUUUUGUUGGUUUCUUGAGAUUGAUUGUACAUUGCACCAAAGUGGAGCUGCAUAUUUACAAUGUGGUCAUGAUUUGGUUAAUGUAAACUGGGCAGCAGUGGCAGUGGCUUCACACGUUGUGGUCGCAUCAAUAAGACGGAUAAGACGCGCCGAAGUUGGUCAACGGGGGAAGAAGAAGUCUUAUUGGCUGCCUUGAAGGAGUUGGUUGCCCAAGGCUGGAAAUCCGACAACGGUUUUCGCGCUGGUUACUUGAACAAGCUGGAAGAGGCGAUAAAGAAGGCAUUUCCCACAAUUGAUUUGAAAGGCAUGCCUCACAUCAACUCGAAGACGACAACAUGGAAGAAAAAUUACUAUUCAUUAUCCCUCAUGUUGCAACCUAGUGGUGUGGGAUUCAAUGUAAAUGGUAAGCAUAUGAUUGACUGCACCGACGAUCAGUGGGACGCUAUUGUGAAGAAAGAUAAAAAUGCUAGUACGAUGCGCUAUAAGAGCUGGCCCUACUUGGAUCAAUGGAUGGAGAUAUUCGGCAAGGACAGGGCAAUGGGCGAGGAAGCUGAAGAUCUAAUGGAUGCGGCACAUGAGAUGUACCGCAAAAUCAAUCUUAGCCAAUCAGUGGAUGAUGGUGACUAUCACGUUUCUCUUGAAGACAUUGAUAAGACUGUGGAUGCUAUUGACAGCACAAGCCAAACCCACAAGGCCGACGAUGCCGUGCGUGCAAAGAGCAAGAAAAGGAAGCAUAGUGGGGCAGAAGACAGAAUGUUUGAGGCGUUGGUCGCAAUCACCCGAGGCACAGAGGAUAGGCUUGAAACAAUUGCAGGCCGAAUGGGAUAUGAUUUCGACAUAUCCAAAGCAAGGAAGGAGCUGUACUCGCAACUUAGCUCAAUCACUGGUCUGUCCCAAAAAGCAAUAUUUGAGGUUACCGAUCUACUUGCCAAGGAAGUAGAGCGCCUUGACGUUUUCUCGAGUCUGCCGUGGGAAGCCAAACCCGACUACAUCUACUACUUGCUCGAGAUAAUUAAUAAGUAGGUGGUAUAACGACAGUAUUAAGCCUGGCGGUCCUCUUUUUGUGUAGCAUUUGUGAUGCUUAUAUCCCUUAUGGAACUUGUUAGGAUUGCAUUUCUUAUGGUUUUUAUGUAAUCUAGUAUUAAUGA